AUGAAGUACGCUACAGCUCUUUCGGUUGCCGUUGCGCCUCUGGCCAUCGCUAAAGCCGUUAACAACGUCUACCCCCAAAAGAGGACCAGCCACAAGCAGCAACUAGAGGAACUCGCUGGUCUUGACGGCCUUGGUGGGACAAUCAACCUGGCACACGGCGUUUCGUUGGGACAGGCUACUCAGAUCAUCGUGAUCUGGGCGAACCCUGGAAACGACGCGAAGACAACGACGCUGCACGAACAAGUCACUGUAACUCAGACAGUCACUGCUGGCGCGGAAGCAACUGCGAUUGGAACCGAUACCCUUGCUGCCGGUGCUACUACCACAGCAGCUGCUGGUGCGAUAGCAACCCACACAGUUCAAGUCGGUGGCUCUGCCGGCUUAGUCUUCGUUCCCGAUCAAGUAAAGGCCAACGUUGGUGACAUGGUCAUCUUCGAGUUCAUGAGCAUGAACCACACCGCUACCCAGUCCACUUUCGCCGAGCCCUGCAAGGCCAUGGAGGGCGGUAUGGAUUCUGGAUUCCAAGCCAAUCCCAACAACACCGUCAGCCCCCCUCCCAAGGUUGCCAUGCAAGUUAUGACCACCGACCCUCUUUGGUUCUACUGCAAGCAGAAGGGCCACUGUGGAAAGGGUAUGACUUUCUCGAUCAACCCUACUGCUGAGAAGUCCCAAGCCAUCUUCCAGGCCGCGGCCAUUCAGCAGAACGGUGCAGGAGCCGGCAGUGCUAUCACCGGAAACGCUACCGAAUCCGCUGUUGCCGCCCCCGCCGCCACCUCUACAGCAGCUGUUGCAGCUCCAUCAGACAUCACCCAGGGCACCGGCACUAUCCAGAACGGUGCCUGCGUCUGCGCUGUCCAAUGCAGCACUGGUAGCUUCCCUGUGAAUGCUGCCCAAGGUAUCGGUGCCUUCGGUGGUUUCGCAGGAGGCAUACCUGAGAGCAUGAUGGAGACUGUUUAA